AUGAAAUCUAAUAUCUUCGACAUCGAAUAUGCAAGUUCCUUUGCUAUGCAGGUUGGAUAUGACAUGGAAAAUGUAAAACAAACUAAAGAAAAGCACGUACAUUGCCCACAUUGCAAGUACAGUACAGAUCGGAAGAACAACCUCAAACGGCAUAUUGUAACGAUGCAUCAGGAUUCUUCCAAGAUUUUAGAAUGCUGUGAUACUGUUUUCAAAUCGAAAGCCCUGCUGCGUGAGCAUGUACUAUUAAACCACAGAUCAGGAUAUAUAUGUAAAAUUUGCAGGAGGAACUUUUGCCGGAAAGCUCUGCUCCGACGACAUUUAUCUGUCCAUAAUGGUCAGAAAGAUUUUCGUUGUUCUAUGUGUUCCUACGCAACUAGUCACAAAAGUAAUUUAGAAAGGCACCAAAAAGUACACAAUAGACCAGGUGAAGUCCCCGAGAUCACAGAGAAAAAAGAUUUUUCAUAUUUGAAAAUAAAUGAUACGUUCCAAAAAUCUUGUCCUCAGGGCAAAAAUAAUUCCAAACAACAGAGGCAAAGUCCUUUAGCAAGAAAAAUGCACACCAAAAUCGUAGCAAAAUACCAAUCCCUUUUUCAUCGAUGUGAAAGCUUUCUUCAAGAAAACAAACAAAACGAAAAUGAAACACAAGCAAAUAUAAGCGAUACAUUUCAUGAUGACAGUAUGAAUCAAGUGAGGACAGAAACCAUGGAACGUCAGAAAAAUCCGAAAGAGCAUUACUGUAUUUACUAUAAAACUUCAGUAAAAAGAUUGUCGUGUAUGCCUUAUAAGUGUAGCUUAUGCAAUAAUGUUUUUACUAGUCAGCGCCAAGAACAGGUGCAUAGCUGUGUUCACAUAAAAGACGACUUACCUGAUGUCCCUAUCAUGUGUAUGAUUCUUAAAGGUAUUGCGCCUGAAAAUAAGUAUCAUUUAUAA